AUGUCUCCUUACCUUCUUCAUCUGGCGGCCGACUCCGCAGCAAGCGAGACCACUGGUGCGCAGCAGCAGCAGCAGCAGCAGCAGCAGCAGCAGCAGCGACAGCAACAGCAGAGUACUGUGUAUCAAACAGUGCAGCAGCAACGUCACCAACAACAAAUAGACAAACACCAGCAGCAGCAGCAGCAGCAGCAGCAGCAUAAGUCGUCGUCGGCUCCCAAUGGCCUCACUCAGCAGCAGCAGCAGCAGCAGCAGCAGCAGCAGCAAAAAGUGCAGCAGCAGCAAAGAGGACGAAGCCUGAGUCUCUUCCACCGCAGCUCGGGUGUAUGGGCAGCUGCAGUAUUUGCUGUUCUCAGCCUCGUUUGCUGCAGCAGCAGCAGCAGUGCCUCAGCCUCACCCACUCCCGCAGCAGCAGCAACAGCAGCAACAGCAGCAGCAGCAGCAGCAGCAAAAGCAGCAGCAGCAGCAGCAGCAGCAGCAGCAGCAGCAGGAGAGGAGCCCCAUCGGCUGCGCUCAGUACGCAGACACGCCUUUGUGCCUCUGCUGCAGCACUUGCCGAGUCGCGCACAAGCAGCAGAAGCAGCAGGAGGUGCAGCUCCUCCAGCAGCAGCAGCAGCAGCAGCAGCAGCAGCAUUAUCUUUAGCUCUAUCUCUCCCACUAUGCAAAAUAGAGUUUUCAGACUUGUCUCCUAAAGUAGGCGGAGGAACGUACGGUGAAGUGCUGCCUUUGAAGAGUGAGGGCCCCUGCAAGGAGGUUGCUGCUGCUGCUGCUGCUGCAGCAGCAACAGCAGGCGUAGCAGCAGAAACAGACAUUAAAUAUGCUGUUAAAAUAUUUAGACUAAGAAAUAUUGUCUCUCUUCUUCAAGCAGCAGAAGAAAAACAAACAAAUCUCAAGCCCCAAGAUGCAGCGGCUUUAAAGACUGUCCUCACUGAACUUAAGUCUAUAGACAUAAAAGAUGAGGCAACAGCAGCAGCACUAAAGGAAGUAGCAGGUGAAGACGGGUCUGCUGUGCUGCAGUCUCUGCAGCAGCAAAACUCUCUUUCUUUUGCUGAUCUAUCGAAGCACCUGACAUUAAUUCGCGCUGCUAUUAACACAAACUGUUUCCUUCAAGAGAUGCAGGAGACAGGUGCAAUCUUUAGUCGCUUUGAACAAACCCUUAAACAAUUCGAUGCACACACCUGGAACCAAAUCAAAGACGCUCCUGCUGAGGAGAAGGUGUCUCUUUUUGCUGCUGUAGGGAGACAGCAGUUUCGCUGGUCAGUAGAAGUAGCAGCAGGAGACUUCGGUAUGGCUGCACCCUUAGGGAAGCCCACAUUGCUGAGAGGGACAGUAGCUUUUAUGUCUCCGGAGAUGGAGAGAGAAAAGGAGACAAAACCUGCUGCUGCUGCUGCUGCUGCUGGUGCUGGUGGCGGUGGUGGUGGUGGUGGUGCUGCUGCUGCAGCAGCACCAGCUGCUCCUUCUUCUUCUCGUUUGUUAUCUGCAGCAGCACAAGAUGUAUUUGCGUUAGGUUUAACAUUAGCUUAUCUUUGGACUGCUCGUGCUCUGGAAGCAGCGCGAGGAGAAGACAUUGAUGAAGGCAGCAGGCUGUUGGAGGAAGCAAAGGAGACAGUUUUGCUGCAGCUGUCUCUAGAUCAAGCAGCCAGCCCACCUAUUGAUAUGAACAGCAGCAAAAGGAUUCUUCAAGCAACAAAAGUACUCAAGGCGCUGCAGGAUAUAGCAACAGCAGCAAUUGCAACUCGCCUCCCUCUCCACCUCCUGUGGCGACAAGUGCAGCAGCAGCAGCAGCAACAACAGCAUCAGCAUCAGCAGCAGCAGCAGCAAGAGCAGCAGCAAACCCACGAAGAGCAGCAAGAACAAAUGCUUGUUUCUUCUUUCUUUUUUGCUGCAGCACUUCAUGAACCAGUUAAGCAGGCUGUGGGAUCGUCUGUGUCUCCGAUCCCAGCGGAGACAGCACUGCAGCAGCAGUCGCUCCCAGAAGCAACUCCAGAGGAGACAGCAGCAGCAAAAGAGAAGCUGCAGCAGCUGCUGCAGUGGCGAAGCAUGCAGCAGCAUAAAGCCCUCCAAAAUAAAUCUUAUGAAGACUUUAUUGAUCUCGUAUUCGGGCUGUCUCUUCAAGGCCUAGAAGAGCUUAUAAAGCAAGAGAUUAUACACAGAAAAAUGGAGGCUGCAAACAUCGCCAUAGCAAAAGCAGUUCAGGUGUAUCUACAUCAGGAAGUUGCUGUCUCCUUCGUGUCUUGGGCAACAGCAGACAGACUGCUGCGACUGUCUUUGCGUUUUUGUGUCUCUUCGACCCCAUCGGCACUGUCUAUACACCUCAAAUAUACAGGAGGAGAGACAGUAAACAAGGAUGAAAAACAAUUAUUAUACAAGUGUAUCUGGGAGCAGCUUAAAGUGCAUACAGCAAUAACAUAUUAUAGUCUCCCUUGGGGUGUAUCGGGAGCUGUCUCCUCGUUUGGAGACACCGAAGCUCAGGUGUCUGCGCACCUUCAAGAGAAGACAGUACCUGCUAUUGUCAAUGGCACAUGGACAGUAGAGAAUGCGUUGAAGCUGCUGAUGCUGCAGGUGCAGCGUGCGGUGUAUCGGCUGCCCCCUGGGUCCCUCCCAGGGCAUCAGGAUCUGCGGGGUGUAUAUGCAGCUGUUAUUACGGAGAUGACUAAAGAUAGAUUUGUUGCUAUACCGUUUACCCUCGCUGAAGAAAGAGAAGAAUAUACAAGAGCUAUGUACGAACUGUCUCUGCUGCAGUUCAGAGAAGCUGUUGUCUUUGCUGCUACUAAAGCAGAAGUAAAACUUAAAGCGCAGCAAACACUCCAAGGCCUACAACCACAAGACAGAGCUGCAGCAACAGUGGAGGGCCUGCGCGAGUUGCUGCCGCCUGCGUUGCUGUCUCCAAGGCGGUUUGCUGCUGAUGCAGAGGCAGGAGAAGCAGCACUUAAACAAGUGCUGAGCGAAGUCUUAGAAAAAGACAAACAACCAAAGCGUGAGGCUCAGGUGUAUACGCAGCAGCAGCAGCAGCAGCAGCAGCAGGAAGUGCAUGCAGCGAUGUUAUAG